UUGACAAAUUAUCUGCGAUUGAAUUGGACAAUAACGAUUGGGACUUUUUAGUAUCAUUAAACCGUGUAUUAAAUCCGUUCGCUCUUGCGACGGUUAUGAUGUCUGGCAAGAAUUAUCCAUCUAUUGGCUUGACUUAUCACGCAAUACAAAAAUUGAAACAUUUUUGUGAAAUUGACGAUGGUGGAAAUGAACACGUCAAUGCAUUUAAAAAGUUAUUAUUGUCCAAGAUCUGCAAAUACUUUUAUCAAGAUGUGGAACAAGUCGAUCACUUUCAGAAACAUGCAUUUUUUGAUCCAGUUGCACAUCUUAGUUUGAAUGACAAUGAAAAAACUCAAUGUGAGAAAUAUAUCAAGAAUUUGAUACUAGGCGAUAUUUAUCCUCAAAGAGCUUCUCAGUUGGAUUCGACUCAAACUUCAUUGCCAACUAACACGAUUCCAACGUCAUCAACAACACAAUCUCAAGUGCAUCAGUCAGUUCCACAAUCUGCAUUGCUGAAGCGAUCAACUUAUGAUGACUUUAUUGCGGCAUGCGGUCAAGACCAUUUUGAGCGUGAAACUAUAAGAGAAAAAAGCAAACGCGUUGGUCUCAUUGAAGAAUUGAAGUAUUUUCGGGCAGCUGUACAGGAUUUCAACGCAAAAAGAAAACCUUCGACAACAGCCGCAGUUGAGUUUUGGAAAUCUCAUCAUAUACAUUUACCACAAUUAUGA